AUGACAAGUUCCGAAGAAGUCUCAUGGAUAACCUGGUUUUGCGGUCUGCGAGGCAAUGAUUUCUUCUGCGAGGUGGAUGAAGAGUACAUUCAAGAUCGUUUUAAUUUGACUGGAUUAUCCGAACAAGUCCCACAUUUCAGACAGGCCCUCGAUAUGAUACUCGAUCUCGAGCCAGGUAGGUUACUCUCCGUAUAUUCAUAAUUUUUUUAGAUGAUGAAUAUGAAGAGGGUCAUUCCGACCUCGUUGAGCAAGCAGCGGAGAUGUUAUACGGUCUUAUUCACGCCAGAUUUAUUUUGACUAAUAGAGGCAUUCAGUUAAUGGUCGAGAAAUGGAAAAGUGAGGAAUUCGGAACUUGCCCCAGGGUUUAUUGCGAGAAUCAAUCUGUGCUUCCUAUUGGUAAGUAUGAUAAAUGGGAUUAUAAAUAAUCUUCAGGUCUCUCCGAUGUUGUUAAUGAUUCGAUGGUACGCGUUUAUUGCCCGAGAUGUUGUGAUGUGUUUGUGCCUCGAUCUUCGAAAUAUCAUCACAUUGAUGGAGCUUACUUUGGUACUGGGUUUCCUCACAUGUUGUUUUUUGUUCAUCCAGAUCUCCGGCCCAAGAGAACCAAUAAAACAUAUGUCCCAAGGUAAUUAUUUAUGAGAAAAUUGAUGUUCAUGGUUUAGACUCUACGGUUUCAAGAUAAGCCCUUUGGCAUAUCAGCUCCAAUACUACCAGUCCCAAACGAUCGCACAAGCAAACGCUCAACAACCUCCAGCUCAGACCGCAGCAACUCCCAACAACUCAGCCCAGCGAGCCGAAGAUCAGCAAGGCGGCUCACGGCCAGCUACUGCGGCAUCACCUCGGGCUGAUAUCUUUUAA